CAGCAGCAGAUACCGGCUGCUCUCCUGCACAGUGCACAGUUUCUUCAGUCUCAUCAGUCUACGUUCACUAUGACUACGAAAAAGACAACCCCAUGAGGCGUAAUUUUGAUAUUUGAUGCAAUUUUUAUGCUCUGAUUUUAAAAAUCAGAAGUAGACUAUGACCUUUUCAUGCAUCUGAAUUGAUUCGUGGCAAGCGGUUUCUUUUUUCUCUUAUCUGCACUCUGCGAGCCUCACAUGAUGUAUAACUUAGUAUUUGUCACCGUGAUUAGCUGUGUGAUUUUUCGAUGGGGCUCUGCGGUGCCAAAGCCCCUGGCUGAAGAUCCCAGGCCUCAACAUGAGAGCACUGCAGAGCAAAAUGACAGACUGCAAGAGGAGACAGAAGGCCAAGAGAGCAUUCUCUCCAAGCUGCUGGGUGAUUAUGACAAAGUGAAAGCCCUCUCAGAAGGCUCUGACUGUCGGUGUAAAUGUGUUGUCAGACCCCUGAGCAGGAGCGCCUGUCGACGGAUAGAAGAAGGGAGCGCCACUGCGCAGGACUUCUACACUGUGGAGACCAUCACUUCUGGACCGGAGUGCAAGUGCGCCUGCAUCGCCCCUCCGUCAGCGGUCAACCCAUGCGAGGGAGAGUACAGGCUAAAAAAACUUAGGGAAGCUGGAAACGAAAAUGUCAAGCUGUCCACCAUACUUGAGCUGCUCGAGGGAUCAUUCUAUGGCAUGGAUCUACUGAAGCUGCACUCCAUUACCAAUAAGCUCGUUGAUCGCGUGGAUCACAUCGAAAAGGUCGUGUCUCUGAAUCCAUCUGUGGAUGAGGUGAAGCCCCGGGAGGGUCCUCCUGUUCAAGCAGGUGUGACUGAAAGCCCAACUAUUCCUCUUCUCCAUCAGCAUAAGGAUGAGAACACAGUUGGCGAGGUCAGCAGGGCAGCAGCAUAUCAAGACCCAGAGGUGGUGUCUUUGAAUGAGGUGAAGCUCUGGGAGGGUCCUCCUGUUCAAGCAGAUGUGACUGAAACACCACCUACUCCUGUUACCCAUCAGCAUAAGGAUGAGAACACAGUUGGCGAGGUCAGCAGGGCAGCAGCAAAUCAAGACCCAGAGGAAGAUUAUGAAGGGAAGUUUAUCACAGAAAGCCCACCCUUCCUGCAGACAGACGGCUCUGGUCAGAUCACUGAGGUCAGACCUCAGGUGACUCUCAGAAACACUGCUAAUAAGGAGGCUACUCAGGUGUCAAAGCCUGGCGCCAAUGGAAUGAUCAUCAGAGGAAUGACUUUUUAUAAAUCUGAGCCUGAGCCGAUGGUGGCAGACGACGGGGAGCCUGGAGAGAACUUUUUUGAGUAUCAUGGAUUCAGUGGUGAUGGCCCAGUUAACCUCUUCGUUGAAGAGAAUCUCCUUCAACACAGAUCUCCUCGCCCCAGGACCAGAGCAGGACUGAGAUUAUUUCAACCAAAAACAACAGGUCCUUUGCAUGGUCCUAAGGAGGACAGCCAAUCAGAAAAACCCAAAGAAACUGAGCCCAUCAUAAAAACUUAUCAAAAGAUCAUCAGUGCCAUGGGAACCACAUCAGUGGACGUGUCUUCAGAUGCACAGAGUGAGACAUCCACAGUAAGAAGCACGACUUUUGGGCCACUCACCACAGAACACAAACAAAGGACCACAAACUUCACACCUCAGCCUACUCAAAGAGUCACUGCUGGAAUCACCAACGGGCCAGGAGACAUUUCUUUAAGUAUCAUUCUCCAGAAAAUGACCACAGCCUCAAUGAGCACAGUCCAAGUCUCUGAAAAUCUAACGACGGAGGAAAGUGUACGAGUAUUCACAACAACAAAUACAUCUACCAGUGUGAAGGAACCCUCUGGUCUGGAGUUAAAAGACCAAAUGCAAACCAUAGCCGGCACUGCUUCAGCUCAUCCAGGCUCUCUUGUGCUAAAUCCAACAACAAAGCCUCUAACUACCAGCCCGACAUCUACUAUGACCAUCACAACCCACGCUGGCUCAACCGCAGCACCAGUACAACCCACAACUGCUUCCACAACUGCUACCUCCACAGAGGCUGCUACUACAAUACAACAAGACAAAACCACAUCCACCUACUUUUCAGGCUCAGCUCUGCCACAGACACCGACAGCUUUUCUUCCCACUGCUCUGCCUGUCACCGCUACAGUAGCUCCCUCUCCUUCAACCACUACCACCACUACCACCACCACCACCACUGCCAGACGGGUUGCUCAGGUCAAAGAGAAAUACAAAAUCAGCUGGGAAGAGGGGGAGGAAGGACGCCUGGAAUUAGAUGAACCAAUGCAGAGUCAUGAGGAAUCCAGUUCAAAGAAACCCGGGCAAUGUAAGGACACUUUGGCAACAAUCUCUGAGCCAGUAACGCACAACACCUAUGGCAGGAAUGAAGGAGCGUGGAUGAAGGAUCCAAAGUCGAAUAAUGGCAAAAUUUAUGUGACAAACUUCUAUUAUGGAAACAACCUCCUGGAGUUCCGCAACCUGGAAGUUUUCAAGCAAGGCCAUUUCAGUAACUCUUACAAGCUUCCUUACAACUGGAUUGGCACAGGCCAUGUGGUCUAUGAUGGGGCCUUCUACUACAAUCGCGCCUUCUCCCGUGACAUCAUCAAGUUUGACCUGCGACAGCGUUAUGUGGCCGCCUGGACCAUGCUGCACGAUGCCUUGUUUGAAGACUCAUCGCCUCAGUGGGAUUGGCGCAGCCACUCGGACAUUGACUUUGCCGUGGAUGAGAGCGGCCUGUGGAUCAUCUACCCAGCACUGGAUGAUGAGGGCUUCUUACAGGAAGUGGUUGUUCUAAGUCGACUGGACCCCUCAGACCUCAGCAUGCAGAAGGAGACCACUUGGAGAACAGGGCUCAAGAGAAACCACUUCGGGAACUGCUUCAUCGUUUGUGGCGUCCUGUACGCGGUUGACAGCUAUAACCAAAAAGACGCUAACCUUGAAUAUGCCUUCGACACACACACAAACACUCAAAUGAUUCCCAGAAUGCCUUUCACCAACAACUACACCUAUACUACACAGAUUGACUACAAUCCUAAGGAGGGUGUUUUGUAUGCAUGGGACAAUGGACACCAAGUCACAUAUAACCUUAAGUUUGCCUAUGCUGACACUCAGUAAGGAUCUGUUUUAAUUUUAAUUGUUAAUAUUAUGGUUUAUUAUGGUAUAUGGAUUGUAGAUCAGUCCACAUGGCUUUCAGUAUGGAAAAAAUGGAGGGACGAAUGUAUAAAAUUCCAUAUAUUGUGUUCAAAAUUGUUCUUUUGUUUAAGAUUUUUUUUAUUUCUACCUACAAUAAAUGAAAUAAGCCUUACUCCUCAGUCCAUACAUCAAGUUGUACUGUAUACUCUCACUGGCUACUUUAUUAGGCAUCAAAGCAAUGAAGACACGCACAUCCGGUAAAAGUCAAAAAGGGCACAGGAACAGAAAUCGAACAAGGUGAAAAGAAAGUCCGCACACCAAAAGGGACAUUCAGACUUAACGUUCGUUAAGUCUGAAGAAGGGCAGCUGUACCCAAAACAUCACUUUUCUCUAAGCUUUUUGUAUUAAAAUUUCAUCCAGGAGCUCUUUUGGUAUGCAGACUUCCUUUUCGCCUUACUUUAUUAGGUAUACCUUACUAGUAAUGGGUUGGGCCCACUUUGGCCUUCAAAACUGCCUUAACUGUUCAUGGUAUAGAUUGAACAAGGUGCUGGAAACAUUCUUCUGAGAUUUUGGCCCAUAUUGACAUGAUAGUAUCAGUCAUGAAGGGAUGGACAUGGUCAGCAACAAUACUCAGGCUAUGGAGUUUAAACAAUCCUCCUUCGAAGGGGCCCAAAGUAUUCCAAGAAAAUAUCUUCCACACCAUUCCACCAGCCUGCAUGGUUCUUUAAUGUGUUUAUGCCAAACCGACCGUACCAUCCGAAUGUAUGGAGAAAACCUUCUAUUGUUUGGUUUUGGUGAAUUGCUGCCUCAAUUUCCUAUUCUUAGCCAACAGGAGUGACACCUGGUGUGUUCCUCUGCUGUUGUAGCCCAUCUGUUCCAAGUUCUGAUAUGUUGUGCAUUCAGAGAUGCUCUUCUGCCUACGUUGGUUAUAUGAGUUGCUGCUGCCUUCCUAUCAGCUCAAAGCAGUCUGGCCAUUCUCCUCUGACCUCUGGUAUCACCAAGGAAUUUUGAACUGCUGUUCACUGGAUAUUUUCUCUUUUUUUGAGCAUUCUUUUGAAACUCUAGAGAUGGCUGUGUGGGAAAAUCCCAGCAGAUCAGCAGUUCCUGAAAUACUCAGACCAGCCCGUCUGGCACCAACAAUCAUGCCAAGUUCAAAGUCCCUUAAAUCACCUUUCUUCCUCUAUUGUAAUGCUCAGUUUCAUCAGAUGCAUCAGGAAAUUUUGACUAUGUCCACACGCCUAAUGCACCAAGUCGCUGCCAUUUGAUUUGUUGCAUUAACGAGCAGCUGUACCUAACAAAGUGGCCAGUGAACAAAUACUGUAAUGCUAUAAAAAUGUAGACAAAUAAUGCAGAAAUGUUUCUGAUCAGUACAUCAAAUGUUUCCAUUUUAUACAGUUUUAUAUCAUUUUUAAAAAAAAUUUCAGCAUUAUAUGCCACAGUUCCUUUGUCACAUGAAAGCACUUACUCCCUCCAGAUCAGACUGUUUUGAGGAGAUGGCAAUAAAGUUUUGAGAUGCUAACAGAAAAUGUCUUCAUUGUCUGGCCAAACACAGAUAAUGCCUAAUUGGCUCUAAUUAUAGCUUGCAAGUAUUACUUAAACUGAAAUACUGUAAGGAUAGAAGGAAACCAGGCAGGAAAGGACUUAAAAAGAAAAUAACAAAUACAGACAUAAAAUGAAUGUCUGUUCAAGCCUAUAAUUUAGAAUACUGGUUGUAAAGUUAUUGUGGGAGAAAAUACACAGGAACAGCUUUUCUACCAGAUGGAAAAAAAAAUUAAACACAUUCUGUUAAGGAUUUCCACACAAUAGCUCAAUAGAUACGCGCACACACACACACACACACACCUAGAGAAAAUCCAGUGUUUAUUUUGGUUUCUGAACAUAGAAUAAAAAAAACAAAACAAAACCACAAAGGUUUUUAUUGUACUUUUUCUUUGCCCUCAUGUAUAGCUGAGAUGCAGUGAAAACACUGUGGUGACUCAAAUGUAUUUCUGCAAGCAAAAAGGAAUUUAUACACAAAGAGAGCCUCUGUUUAAACAACAAAUCUUUUCUGAACAAAUUCUCUCAGCAAAGAAACCCCCCCCCCCCAAAAAAAAAUUAAAUAAAUAAACAUCAGCACAAUAUUAUAGCUAAAAAAAAAUAGACUUUCAAAGACAUACAGUGGAUGUGGCUUUAUCAACAUGUAAAAUAAUUAGCAGUAAGAAACAGGUUACUAAUUCUGAUCACAUAUAAUUACUCUGUAUAAAAUCGGCCCCCAUUUAUAUGUUAAAAAAAAAACGAAUAGAAGAAAUUAAAAGCUAGAACAGUACUUCCUGUGUUCUGCAUUGAUAGUGCAAAUUUUACCCACAAAUUAGCAUUCCAAAUCAUAAACCGUCAACGUUUUGCACAAAAGGUUCAAAUGUUUUCAAAUGAGCUGUGUGGACAGAGACGCAGUCAGGAGAGACUUUUGAUUUUAUUUUUUUUUAAACCAGUGGCUAAACAUCACACCUUUUAGUUCAACUCUCCCAAAGUCAAAAUUCUGAGUUAUCAUCCCCAAAUUUUGAUUUAAUUAAUCAAAAGUUCAAGCUAUUUUCUCAAAUAUGAGUUAUUUUCUCGUUAUUCUGAGUUAGUAAGUCGACAUUUUGCGAUAGUAACUUGACUUACAGAUGUCAAAAAGGAAAAAAAAAAAAGUUUGUUUUUGUUGUCUGUGUUGGUUCUCAAUCAUUCAGGCCAUGGUAGCCUGUGGAGCUUGAAAAAAGGCGACAGGACUUCUUUUCUUGAAAAUGUUUCACCUCUCAUCCGAAAGGUUUCUUCAGUUUGUCUGUUUUUGUUUUUCAGUAGCAGAAACAAGCUGCCAUAACA